UUGGUAUACCACAAUCGUGGCAUACCAAGUAUUGUAAUCGUCGGAAAAACCGACCACCUCAGAUCGGGCUCAAACUUGGUAUAAGCACGUUUUAGACAUCCCACAUUACGAAAAUGGUGGUGGAAAAUUUUUGAUCCGGCCGGCCUGCCGGCCGGCCUGCCGGCCUUCCGGCCGGUGGUCAAAACUUUGCCUUAUAACUUUUAAACGACAUGAGAUAGAGACUUCCGGUUUGAAGUUUUCUAUAGAAAUAUGGGUGUAAAAUUUCAUUUUUUCGUAUUUUCAAAAUCCAAGAUGGCCGCCAUCCGCCAUUUUGAACUACCGUCAACCACAUCCCUUAUAGCUAGAGAUCUGAAAUUUUAGUAUGUUUUAGAGCUCAGUGAGACAUUUUCAUCGAUAAUUCAUACUUGACAAUCGGUCAAGCCGUUUAGCAAAUAUGGCGGCCUAAAGCAAAAAGUGUUUUUUCGAUAUAACUCGAAAACGGCUUGACCGAUUUUGAUCAUCUUGGUAUCAAAUGAAAGGUUUCAAAAAGCCCUACAACUGUUUAGAACAUUCCAAGUUCCAAAAAUGACCGCAAGAGGCGCUAAAAUCAAAAACAAAAAUUGCCUAAAUUUAAGGGGCAAUAUCUUCUAAUCCCGAUUAUCGAUUUUCUUUAAAUUUUGAUAUGUUGUAGCCUGAGUCAAUAUCUUUCAUCAGUCCGAAAAUGAAGAAAAUCUAUGUCGCCGUUUAGAAGAUAUAGCCAUUUGAAAAUUUCUUGAAUUUGAAAAGUUCUAAGAACUAUAUCUCUUGAACGGCUUGUCCGAUUUUGCUCAACUUGGUAUCAAAUUAAAGGUUUUGCAAUUCUCUACAACUCGCUAGAACAUCAGAAACCUCUAGAACCAUUUCUUGAUGACGAAAAAUGCCAAAAACGGUUUUUGUAAAACAAAAAGUCGCCAUUUUGUGUUCUAGAGGUGACCUUGAAAAGUAUCUUAAUAUAUCCCAAAUUAUAGCCUGUUUCAAGAUCUUUCCAAAACUAUUCAAGAAAUUUCUGUAGGUGUUAUAGAGCCAGAAAUAUGACAAUUUUUAUACUUUAAAUUAAUGAAUUUCACAAAAACUUCUGUUAUUUUACACAAAAUUAAUUAUAUAUUCCAAUUUGUAGUAAAAUCACAUAAAGGAAUGUAUUUUUUAAUGUCUUUUUUUCGUUUUUUUUCUCACGUUACGGUUUAUUUUUAUGAAUUCGAACUUUCAACGGAUAAAAUAUUUUAAAUCUCUUUCUAAGAUCGAAGUGAUCGAUGAGUUGACAUUCAGAGCAAAACAAAAAAAAGUGCAGAAGAAAACGUGCAGAAGAAAAAGUGAAGAAGAAAAUCACAAAAAAUCACGUGAAAAAUUAUUUAAAUUGAAAAAAAAAAGAAGUGAAAGUUAAGAAACACUAAGUGCUGUGGUAUGGAGGGUGGACGGAAGGAGAAAUGUGGACAAGGAGGGCCGGAAUUUAAAGGAAAUUUUCGCUCACCAAAAAAGGGCGAAAAUUAUUGGAGUGGUGCCAGGAUUUUAGGAGUAGCAUAUUAUUUGUGUUGCGCCCUAAAAACUGAAGACUUCCCGAUCGUCUCGUGGUCGGGAAGUUCCCCUUGUGGGAUCAUAAACCAAAAAAUCAAAAAUAUCAAAAAAAUCAAACACACACACAAAUUAAAAUAUAGAAACAAAUUUAAACGCACACAUACAAAAGCACAUUUAAAAAAUAAAAACACACAUUCAAAAACAUAUUUAAAAAAUUUAAUACGAACAUAUAUGAAGAAACCUCUAAAAUUGUAUGGAGGUGGAUUCAAAAAGAAAAAAGUAUCUGUAUUUAAAAAUAAAAAAUACUUUGAAAAUUUAGGUAUUGUAAAACCGACUAUAAUAAUAAGAGGAUCUUACUAUCAAGAUAAUUUAACACUUUUUGGUCCCAUAUCAAAUAAUAAACAAUGUACGGCAAAUGCCAUAAUAGCAAUAAUUGCAUCACAUUUAUACAAAAUAGAAAAUUGGAAUGAAAAUCUUAUAAAUGAAAUUUUAUUUGAAGGAGAUAAACUUUAUAAUAUAAAUAUUAAUAAAACGAAAGAAGGUUUACUGAAUGCUGAAGAUAUUGUAGACAAAGAAGACAGAAACAUUUGUGUAUUUGGAAAGAAAAUUACCCUAAAUUGUAUAACAUCAUGUUAUGAAGAAUUGCAAGGAGAAUUUUAUGGAAAAUUAGAAUAUAAAACUUUUGAGUAUUCACUGAAAUACUUUUUUGAUCAUUUCGCAUAUGGUGUAAUUACAUGCUCUAAUUUAAGUGUAGCAAUACUUAAACAAGAUGAUUAUUUUUAUAUUUACGAUAGUCAUUCAAGAGGUGAAUUUGGUCAAAUCGUAUAUGAAAAAGGUAGAGCAGUUCUUUGUGGAUAUAGUCAUAUUAAUCAUAUAUACAAUAUUUUGAAAUAUAAUUUCUUCCACGGCAGCGAAAAUUACAAUGGUGAAAAAUUGUUCACAAUCACUCCUUUUGAAAUAUCAUCAAACGAUAUUCAAAAGGAUGGUGAAAAAGGUGAACAGUUUGACACCAUCCUUUCAAAUAAAAAUUCAAAUCAAAAUAAAAUCAAUCUCACAUACACAAAUUCUAAAACACUUAAUUUAACUAAGUCUAUAAGUUACACAGAACCUUCACAAAGUAAAUAUAUGCUUAAAAAGAAAAGAGAAAAAAAUAAAGAUUAUAUGAAAACUAGACAUAAAAUUGAAAGAACAGACUCUAAUAAAAAAGAAGAAGAUAAUAUUAAGAGAAAGAUAAGACACAAAAUUGAACGAACAGACCCAGUUAAGAAAGAAGAAGAUAAUAAGAAACGAAUAAAAAGACUUAAAAUAGAAGAGUUGGAUACAAAGAAAAAGGAGAAAAAUAAUAUGAAAAGAAAAGAAAGACAUAAAAUUACACGAACAGACCCAGUUAAGAAAGAAGAAGACAAUCAUAAACGAACUAAGAGACGUAAAAUAGAAGAGUUAGAUCCGAAGAAAAAGGAAAAAAAUAAUAUAAAAAGAAAAGAAAGACAUAAAAUUGAACGAACAGACUCUUAUAAAAAAGAAGAAGAUAAUAUUAAGAGAAAGAUUAGACACAAAAUUGAAAGAACAGACCCAGUUAAGAAAGAAGAAGAUAACUAUAAACGAACUAAAAGACGUAGAAUAGAAGAGUUGGACACAAAGAAAAAGGAAAAAAAUAAUAAAAAAAGGAAAGAAAGACAUAGAAUUGAAAGAUCUGUUAAAAAUAAAAGAGAUAUUGAAAAUUUAAAACGUAAAAACAGACAUAAAAAAGAAAGAAUGGAUCCUAAAAAAAGGGCUAAAGAAAAUCUAGCAAGAAAAAUAAGACUUAGGCUGGAACGUAAACGAGCUAAAAUUAGGAAUAUUCUAAAAAUAUUGAGAUAUGAAAAAUCUAUGAACAAGAAAACAAAUAUAUUUGAAGAUUUCAAAUCAAUUAAAGAUAAACGUUUGAUUACUUUUUACAGACGAAAUAUUAAUACAAAAAGAUUGAAAGAAAAAUAUAAAAGAAUUCAAGAAAUAAAGGAUAAAGAUAAAAAUAAUGGAACUGGUAAUCCCCCUAAAAACAAAGAAAUAUAUGAAAAACUAAUUAUGCAAUUUAGAAAGAAUAAAACAAAAUCUCUUGAAAGAAUGAUUAAAAAGCCCUUAAAGAAAAGGUUAAGUAAAUACAUGAAACACAAAAUAAUUCAAAUUAAAGACAAAAGUAAAACAAUAUUAGAAUUUUUCAAUGUAACUCGAAAAAAGGUUCCAAAUUAUGUUUGUGCAUCUUGUGAAGGACUAUUUUUUAAACAUUCAGUUCAACUUUUGAACAUUGAAAAGUGUAAAUAUCACGAUAAGAAUUAUUUGGAGGAAAUAAGUAAAAUAUCUGAUUACUGUUGUACAACAUGCUAUAAUUCGCUUAACAAAAACAAACUGCCCACGUUGGCAACUAAAAAUGGUCUUAAGUUUCCUGAAAUUCCAGAAUGUCUGUUAGAAUUGAACGAACUUGAAGAAAGAAUGUGUUCACCGAUUAUCCCUUUUAUGACAAUUCGCGAAUUGAAACAUUAUCUUUUGAAUGCGCAAAAAAGUUUGAAAGGAAGUACUGUACAUAUUCCUGUAGAAGUCAAUGAAAUGCUACAAGUUUUGCCUCGAACAUUUGAUAAUAUGCAAACUGUUCAGGUAAAACUACUAAGGCAUUUAAAAUACAAAAAUCACUACAUGUUUCAAACAGUUAGACCACCAUAUAUUAUAAGAGCUAUGAAAUAUUUGGUAACAACACCUUUGUACAAAGAAAAAAACAUUACACUAGAUGAAAAAUAUGUAAAUGUUAAUGAAAAUGUUGAUGAAAUUAAUUUUAUUGUAGACCCCAAAGAUGAUGAAGUAGACAUAUAUGAUAAAGAAACACAAAAGAUAUUAAAUGUAUAUGAUCUCGAGACACAAAAAAUGGAUGAUGUAUAUGAUAAAAUGACACAAAAAAUUAUUGAUGUAUAUAAUGUUGAAACACAAAAAAUAGAAAAUGAAAAUGUAAUUAAAAAGACAAUUGAUUUAACACAAAUGUCAAACGAAUUAAAUAAUAAUCCAACUGUAGAACAAAAUGAAAAUGACUUGAAAAAUAUUUUGGAAGAAACUAUUCUUAAAGAUACAAAUAUAUUAAAAUUUUGGCAAUUAGCGAAUAAACAAUUCCCUACAAAUGUAAUGCAAGAUCUCCUUUAUAUAAAUGCAGGAGAAUUGCAACGGCAACAAAGAACUUAUGUAAAGAAAUUUCCAAAAGAUUGUAAAAACGUACAAAUACUGUUUUUGAAGCCAAAUAAUCCAAAUGGCAUAGGACAUUAUGUAACAACUUUACAUGAAAAUGGCACUAUACAUGUAUACGACUCUCUACAUUUGCAAAAAAUCGAUCAAGAUUGUAUUAAUUUUCUUACUGAUAUAUACCCAGAAUCUCUUAUAGAUGGAAAAUUGCAAAUUAAAUUUGAGAAAACAUUUCAACAAAACGAUAGCUUAUCAUGUGGAGUACAUGCAAUAGCUAAUUCUGUAACCCUUCUCUAUGAUCUUAAUCCAAGCCAUAUGUCAUACAAUGUAAAAGAAAUGAGAAAUCAUUUGUACAAUAUGCUCUGUUCUCAAAAAAUCACAGUGUUCCCUGUCAAUUUAGAAAAACAAAAUGAUGUACUUAUGAAAGAUAUUUUAAUGACUAAUUCACAAAUUAAAACACAACCUAAAAAUAAAAAUACUGAAGAUGACAGAGAAAAAAUACUAGAAAAUUGUUAUCUUACAGAUAAGCAUAUAUAUGAUUUUUGGAAUCAAGCAAAUGAUCAAUUUAAAAAUAAUGUAAUGCAAGACAUUUUGUUUAUAGAUGCUGAAUCUCUUAAACAACAACAAGAAUAUAUACAAAAAUUCCCUAAAGAUUUUAGAAAUGUUCAAAUACUAUUUUUGAAACCAACAUACGAAAAUGAGAUUGGUCAUUAUGUUACAACCCUACACGAAAAUGGCAUAAUAUAUGUAUAUGAUUCCCUAUUUUUACAAAGACUUGAUCAAGAUUCCAUAGCGUUUUUGAAAACUAUAUAUCCAGAAUCAAUUGAAAAUGAUCAAAUAGAACUUAAGUUUGAAAAGACUUUUCAACAAAAUGAUAGUUUAUCAUGCGGUGUACAUGCAAUAGCUAAUUCUGUAACCCUACUCCAUAAUCUAAAUCCUAGCCAUAUGUCAUACAAUGUAAAAGAAAUGAGAAAACACUUGUAUAAUAUGCUUAAUUCAAAAACUAUAACAAUGUUUCCUAUUGAUUUGAAAAUUGAAACAAAAACUGAAUUCAAAGAUAUUAUUAAAACAAUUAAAGUACCAGAAAAUAAUAUACCAGUAAAACAUGAAAAUCCUGAAGAAGUACCAGAUGAAUUUGAUCUAAUAGAUGAAGAUAUAAUGAUUCUUAAUUUGACCGAUAUUGAAAUAAAACAAGCUCAAAUUCAAAUGAUGGCCCCUGGCAUGAACAAACGUCCUGUUUAUUCACGUACAGAAAAAAAUUUGGAAGAAUUGUCAUUUAUAAAAAUUUAUGGAGGUCACAAGAUAGAAAAUCAAAGUAUUUCAUAUUCAAACCGCAUUAAAGCUGAAUGUAGAAAUAGAGAUAGAAGAUGCGCAGAUCCAACUAAAGUACUUUAUUCAGCUAAUGAAAAAAUGCAAAGAUCCAUUUUUAGCGCAGUAAAUGUAUGUUUGAGAAAAAGUAAGAAUGUCGAAAAUAUGACAGCAAAUGAUGCACUUACUGAUGGAUAUUUGGAUAAACUUAGAGAACAUGAUGAUGGUUAUAAUUUCCUAAAAACUAUUAAUCUUACACCUGCUUAUUGGGCAUGGAAAAAGAAUCUCCUUCUCCAAAUGAUAAAACAACUAGGGAAACCUACAUUGUUUUUGACACUAACUAUAUCAGAAACGCGUUGUCCAGAACUCAUUCAAGAACUUGCUAGACUCCAAGGAAUGGAUCUAUCUCUUGAAGAAAGUAUGUUCUUGAGUGAAGACAUGAAAACACGUCUAGUUCGUGAUGAUCCCGUAACUUGCGCACGAUAUUUUGAUGAAAAAUGUAAAAAUAUUAUAAAAAUGCUGCAAAUUAACCCAACAAGAGCAAAGAAUAGAAUAGGUCCCUUUGGUAAACAUUAUGUAGUUGAUUACUUUGUAAGAACAGAAUUUCAAAUGCGAGGAAGUGCCCAUCAACAUAUUUUGUUGUGGCUAAAUGAUUUCCCACAAAUUGAUGAAAGUAAUCCUAAUUCUUUUGAUGAAGCAAUUAAAAUAAUUGAUCAAAUAAUUACUUGCGAAUAUAAAGACCCCAAAGAUUUGCCAUAUAUUAGAAGACAAAUGCACAUACAUUGUAGUACGUGCUAUAAAAAGAAGAAAGAUAAAUGUAGAUUUAAUUAUCCAAUACCACCACUUGAUAAAACUGAAAUACUUUUGCCAAUACCAAAAGAAGAAAAAACUGAAAAGAUGAAAGAAAAUUAUCAAAAAAUUGCAAAUCUAACUGCAUAUUUUUCACAUAAACAUGAAGAAAUGAGUUUCCCAGACAUUUUGAAAAAACUUAAAAUGACUAGAGAAGAAUAUAUAAUGGCUUUGAGAUCUAAUAUUAAACGGUCACGUAUGUUUCUUAAACGUUCAAGUAAAGAAGUAAAUAUUAAUGCUUAUAAUGAAAGCCUAAUAAUGUGUAUAGAAUCAAAUAUGGAUAUACAAUUUGUUGUAGAAAUUUUUGCUCUAGCUAAAUAUGUUGCUGAUUAUGUAUCAAAAGCUGAAGCAGGAGUAUCAAAAAUGUUGAAAGAAAUUAAUGAUGAUACUAAAAAGCAAGGAAAUGUAACAUUGAGAGAAAAAAUGUGCAAAAUGUGUAAUGGUAUAUGUAAUUGUAAAUUUAUGUCUGCACAAGAAGCUGCUAUGUCAUGCCUAUGUAUGCCUAUGUCAAGAUGCAGUAGAUCAAAUAUUGUAAUCAAUACUAGACCAAUUAAUGAACGGGUCCGAAUUUUGAAACCUAAUGCACAACUUAAAAAAUUGGAUAAAAAUUCUAAAAAUAUAUUUGCUGAAAGUAUUUUUGAUAAAUAUAGUAAACGAGAUAAUGAGUUGGAAAAUGUAACACUCAUGGAAUAUGCAGCAGACUAUUAUAUGAAAAAGAAAACAGAUGAUGAAGAAAAUGAUGAUGAUGAUGUUACAGAGUACGGUAUGAGAAAAAAAUCAAAAAUUGUAAUGUACAAGGGAUAUAAAGAAUUUCAAGAUCCCAAUAAUUAUUAUCGAGAACAAGUUUUGCUAUUUUUACCAUGGCGAAAUGAAAAAGAAGAAAUUGAAGAUUGUGACUGUAGAAUUAAGUAUAUGAGCAAUAGACAGAGCAUAAAUGCUGUAAGAAAGAAAUUUUGUUACUUUAACGAUGAUGGUGUAUUGACACAAAUUAUAAGAGAUAGAGAAAAUGAAAAUGAUGAUGAUCAUGUCCCAGAAAGAGAUAAUCCUGUGGAUUCUGAUCAAGAAAUUGAUAUGUUUCCCGAUGAAAAAGGUGGUACCACUAGCAAUAAAAAGGCAUUUCAAUAUGUAUGCCCAGAAAGAAUUCAAAAAGAAGAUAUUUGUAAAAAUUUGCAACAACUAAAUGUUAAACAACGUGAAAUAGUAAUGUAUAUUUAUCAAUGUAUAAGAAAUGGUAAUUUACCACUAAGGAUUUUCCUCUCCGGUUCAGCUGGUGUUGGAAAAUCCAAAGUGAUCAAUUGCCUAUAUCAACUAAUAACACAGUACUAUGACAAUUUGCCAGGUAGUAACCCUGAAUCUAUAAAAGUACUUCUAACUGCCCCUUCAGGAAAAGCAGCAUUUUUGAUCAAUGGUAUGACAAUACAUACUGCCUUUGCAAUUAAUAAUACAAAAUGCACAGACUCUUUGUCGCCUGAUGCAGCCAAUACAAUUCGAUCAAAAUUGAAAGAUGUAAAAGUACUAAUUGUAGAUGAGAUAUCUAUGGUAGGUUCAAAUAUAAAUUCUAAAAUGGAUAAUAGAAUGAGACAAAUAUGUGGCAUUAAUGAAAGUUAUGGCGGAAAAUCUGUCAUAUUUGUAGGAGAUUUGAAACAAUUGAAACCUGUAAAGGAUAAAUACGUUUUUGAGAAAAAUCUAUUGCAUACAGAUGCUGAAUUUGUUGAUUACGAAGAAAGAAAUGUACUAUGGGAAGAAUUUAAGUAUUAUGAAUUGACAGAAAUUAUGCGUCAAAAAGAUGAUUUGUCAUUUACUGUAGCACUAAAUAAUUUGGCAAAUGGUACAAUGACAGAAGACGACAUAAAACUAAUUCAAUCAAGACAAGUUGAAAAUGAUGAUAAAGUACCCUUAGAAGCUAUAAGGCUAUUUUAUUAUCGAAAACAUGUCCGAAGCUACAAUAAUAAUAAAAUUGAAAAUUUCCCUGGUGACCCUCACUUAUCAGUAGCUAAAGAUAAAGUAUUAGAAUCAAAUACCACAGAUAAAAAGGCUAAAGAAGACAUACUAGCCAAAGUUGCAAUUCAAGACCCAGAAAAAACUGGUGGAUGUAUGUAUGAAUUGAAAUUGAAAGUCGGUAUAAAGUAUAUGGUUAUUAAUAAUAUAGAUGUUGAAGAUGGACUAGUUAAUGGUGCAACUGGAACUCUUCGACAUAUAACUUUUAAUCCAACCGAUAAUUCAGUUCACACUGUUUGGCUAGAAUUUCCUGAAGAUAGAGUAGGAAGAAAAUUAAAAUGUCAAGCUCGCUUUCAGAGCUACCUCACAAAGAAUAAUCUUCCAAACAAUCUUGUUCCAAUUGAAAAACAAGUAAUCACAUUUGAUUUUUCAGAAAAAUCAAAAACUGUAAUAAUUGCUAGAAAACAAUUGCCACUAAUACCAGGUGAAGCUGUAACUAUACAUAAAAGUCAAGGGCAGACAUAUAAUUCAAUUUGUAUUGACUUUACAAAAGGAGAGCUGCUAAAUAUUAAUCUAAUUUAUGUUGCAUUUAGCAGAGUUGUUUCACUAUUAGGUUUGUUUAUAAUUGGCAAAUUUAAAGUACCAAAGGCCCAAGGUGAAGAUCACCCAGUACAGAGAGAAAUGAAAAGAUUGAAAAAUGAAAAAUUACUCGUAAUUCCCAUGCAAAAGAUUCUAUGUGAAAAUAAAGAUAAGUUUAAAAUUUGUUAUCAAAAUAUUGUAUCUCUAAACAAACAUUUUAAUGAUGUACUAUGUGAUGUUUGGUACAAAAACUUUGAUAUAAUUGUACUUUCUGAGACAAAAACUAUAAAAGAUACUGAUGUACCAAUUUUGGAAAAUUAUAAAAUUCUCUAUAGAUGUGAUAAUGAAAUCCAAAAAAUUGGAGGACUAAUCUGUUAUGUAAAGAAUGAUUGUGAAAUUGAAAUUAAAAUCAAAUCUGAACAACUUUACUCAGAUAGAGAAAAAGUUUUCAGUGUCACCCUAUUCUUAAUUGAAAUCAAUAAUAAUUUGUCAAUAAUUACUGGAUAUAAAUCACCUCAAACUCCAUUCGCAAAGUUUAAGAAUUCAUUUGAGAAUUUGUACUCUCAAGUUGCAAAUCAGUCUGAAGUGAUAAUAAUGGGUGAUUUUAAUUUUAAUGCAUAUGAAGGAAAGGAAGAUAAAAAUUUUGUAAAACUUAUGAAAGAAUAUAAUUUAAGUAAUCAAUUGGAUCCUAAAGGAUCAACAACAAAGUGUGACAACCAAUUGGAUGUAAUUUUUGCAAAUAUUGUAAAUCCUAUUGUCACAGGAAUUUAUGAAAGUUACUUUUCUGACCAUAAGCCUGUAUAUUGUAUGCUAAGUAUUUAAAAAAAAAAUGAAUGGAACAGAUCGAAAAGGGCACUAUUCGUUGUUCGCGCCAUUCCUUUCAAGUUCAGUUUAUAUUUUUUGUCUUUAAAAAUAUAAUUCUGUCGAAAGAAGAGAAUGAAUUACAAUAUUUAAAUGCUUUACUUUAUUUCAACUAUUUCAAUCAACUAUUUUUGGUUGGAAUUGAAAUACAUUAUAAAGCCAUUUUUUUUUUUAUUAAAUCAUGCGAAAUUGUGCCGUGCUCGAUCUGUUCCAUUUGUUAAAAAAAAUCUAACAAAAAAUAACUUAUAUAAAAAAUAUAUGUAUGUAAAUUUAAAAUUUUAAUUUUUUGUCGAACCAUUUUAUUUGUAAUAUUGAAAGCAUAAUAAAAUUUUAUGUUUAUUUAAAACUAAUAAUAAUCUAUUAAUUUUGGCAGCCAUUUAUGUUCAUCACCUUAU